AUGGCCUCCAAAACCUACACCCUCAACAACGGCGUGACCAUCCCCGCCAUCGGCUUCGGCACCUUCGCCAACGAAGGUGCCAAAGGCGAGACCUACGCCGCCGUAACCAAAGCCCUCGACGUCGGCUACCGCCACCUCGACUGCGCCUGGUUCUACCAAAACGAAGACGAAGUUGGCGACGCCCUGUCCGACUUCCUCGCCCGCACCCCUUCCCUCACCCGCAAAGACAUCUUCCUCUGCACCAAAGUCUGGAACCACCUACACGCGCCCGAAGAUGUAGCAUGGUCCCUCGCCAACUCCCUCACCAAGCUCAAAACAGACUACAUCGACCUCUUCCUAGUCCACUGGCCCAUCGCAGCGGAAAAGGUCCCCAACGACCCCUCCCACUCCGUCCAACUCGGCCCCGACGGGAAAUACAUCAUCAACCACCCGCUCACCACCAACCCGGAGCCAACCUGGCGCGCGAUGGAACACGCCAUCGACACCGGCAAAGCCCGCGCCAUCGGCGUCUCCAACUGGACGAUCCCAGGCCUGGAACAACUCCUCUCCUUCGCCCGCAUCCCCCCGGCCGUCAACCAAAUCGAAAUCCACCCCUUCCUCCCCAACGAAGAGCUCGUCCAGUUCUGCUUCGCCCACAACAUCCUUCCCGCAGCUUACUCCCCUCUCGGCAGCCAAAACCAAGUACCCUCAACAGGGGAAACCGUCCGGGAGAACGCGACCCUCAAGCAAGUCGCAGAGCGCAGCGGGCACAAUCUAGCACAGGUGCUGUUGGCGUGGGGAUUGCGCAGGGGGUAUGUGGUGUUGCCGAAGAGCUCGACGCCGAGUCGGAUUGAGAGUAAUUUCCAGGUGCCGGAGUUGUCGGAUGAGGACUUUGAGGCGGUGCAGGCGGUGGCGAAGGGGAGACAUGUGCGGUUUGUGAAUAUGAAGGAUACGUUUGGGUAUGAUGUGUGGCCGGAGGAAAGUCAGUAG